AGAUUGCUAGAACCUCCUUUUUCCAAGAUGGCGGGUUGUGGUGGCCAUGGUCAUUCCCACAAUCACGGUCAUUCUUGCCAACACGAGGACCCAAACGAGCGAGGAAACCAGUUCAGCCUUUACCAAAAGAUAGACCUUUUCAGGCUUCAAUGCUUAAACGAAGCCGAGGAAGGGAGUGGCAAGGAUGUCUUCAAAUCGUGGGACGAAAGACUCGACACGACAAAGUUUGUUGAAAGCGAUGUGGACGAGGAAUUGCUUUUCAACAUUCCUUUCACUGGAUCUGUUAAACUAAAGGCUUUGAUUGUUAUUGGUGGAGAAGGCGGGGAACAUCCUUCAGAAGUUAAACUUUUCAAAAACCGCCCAGCAAUGACAUUUGACGAUGCUGGAAGCGAAGCAGAGCAGAGCUUUGAGCUACAUGAGGAUAGGAAUGGUUCUCUAGAGUAUGCCACUAAAAUUGCUAGAUUUUCUAGUGUCAAUCAUUUGUCGUUGUAUUUCCCCAAGAAUUUCGGUGCAGAGACAACCAAGAUCUAUUAUAUAGGUCUGAAGGGAGAGUUUAGCGAAGCACAUAGGCAUGAGGUCACGGUUUGUAAUUAUGAGGCCAGAGCCAAUCCUGCAGAUCACAAAGCUAACGCUCUAGAAGAUGUCCAUCACUUUAUCCAGUAGUAGUCUAAAGAAGGAGUGACUUUCCUUGGUCGGACGUAAAAAGUAGACUGUGUUGUCAAUUUAAUGCUUUGGAAUAUAGAUACAGUUAUAGGUGCAUGUGGUUUUAUAAGAUGUUUCUGUGACAUCCAGUAUAGUACCCUUAACUAGAAAAUAGAAAAUGUCUGAUUGGGAUGUCCUUAAAGUGUACUGACAGCUAUAAUAUAAAAUUAAAAGCUUUGAUCGUUA